GUCUCGGCAUCUUUGUAAUUGUUAGUGUAAAUGUUGUGUUGUAGUAUUAUUUAAUAGAGUUUAGAUAUUAAAGCAAAAUUUAUAUAGGAAAAGAAAACCCUAUCUUUUUUGCUGAAAAAAAUGUGUGUUAAAUAAUGUGCAUAUAUGAUGUUGAAAAUAUUUUUUUUUUUUGAUAUUAUAAGUGUCCUCUCACAGUGGCUGUAAAAUAAAAGUGAACCAUUGAAAGAAAAAAAAAAAAAAAAAAAAAAAACGGCUCAUUUAAUAGCAGGAUAUAAUGUUUAUAAUAACGUGCUGUAAAGUUGUCUGUAAUUGGCAUCCUACAAAGAAUCUGGAGAUAUUCUACCCAUGUAAUUAGAACGUGUUGUACCAUAACGCUCUAAUACAGACGAUAUGGGCACAACAUGGCUGCAGCACAGAUACUUCCAUUGUAUUACACAAAAAACCACAAAAGUCAACAAGGAAAUCAAUCGAAUUAUUUUCAGCAUCAGCCUAACAAACUACAUCAACAAGAAAGAUCGAUUUCCAUUCCUCACCAGCAGCAUUUUCAAACGUUACCACAACAAAAUAAGGACACGUUUUCAAAGGUUACAGAAAACUUCUACUGUUUUCAGUCAGCAGUUAACGAUAAUAAAAACUCUGAGAACGAGAACAAAAACAACACACUUAAAUCACAGAAAGCUACUUGGCUGCAAUUGCAACACCACGAAAGCCUAUUUUCGAACACUAUCGAGACGAGUGAUUCAAAGAAAGAGAGUACCAAUAAGACAGGCACCCAGCAUCCGCUUACAUCCCUUACCACUGCCAACGUGGACCGAAAUAGAAAAGCGAACGAACACAACGAACAAAAGGAUUCCAACGCAAGAGAAUAUUAUUGUCCGAGAAAGAAAUCAUGUUGGAAGAAUGCUUUCGGAUCUCCAAAAGACGAAUGUCCAGCACCAAAAGAUGAUACUAAUCGUGUUACAGUUGCUAUCGAUUCUCUCGCUAAUUGUGAAGUUACCCUUGUGGGCAAACCAAAGACUGCCAGUAUUUGUGACCACAAUCAUCACUAUAAUGACAUUCUUUUCUCUGCCGAACAGCCCAAAAGUGCGGAUGCCGAUGAGGGGAGACGAGAAAACAAACAAAAUACGGUCUUACAGUCAAAUAAUUUCUUGGAUCAAAAUGAUACCAAUAAUAACAAAAACUUCCAAUACAAAACAUGUUUAUAUUAUCCUUUGCGGUCAACAAUGCCAUCAUCUCCUUCAAAAUUUUCUAACAACGAUGUUGAAAACAAUUCUAAUAAUAAACCUUCAGCUAAGUACACUCCAAUUCUACCAGAAAAAAAUAACGUUUUCAAUACAGGGAUCUAUAAGCAAUCUAAAGAAGAUACGUCGAGAGCGAAAGUAUAUGUGCGAUGCCAAUCAGAGGCAAACAUUAGUUCAAGUGAAAUCGGAAAAUGCGAAAAAGGAACAACAUGCUUUGCCAAUUUUAUCGCUAUCGAUAAAUUACCAGGGGAAAAGAAAUACGCUUCUACAACAACAACAACAACAACAACAACAACAAAAACCGCUACUACCACAUCUAGUAAAACGAAAAACUGUGCUACAUGCUGCCAAAACAAUGUCUCUAGUAACGCCAAUAACGACGUUGCAAAAGACCUUGACAAAACAUGUUUCCUUCAUAAGCGAAUUGGUAGUUUUAUGAAAGAUAUUCCAAAUUUGGCUGGUGAGGGCUGUCUGCUGUGCAAAUUUAAGCCAAAAACCUGCCAAAAAUCUGAUGAAUCACCAGAAUGUUGUGAAAGAUGUUGUUAUCAAAAGAAAGCAACAUCAUUACCGAAACACGAAGAGAAACCGAAUUGGAGUGAUGGCGAUGAUGAUGAACGCAUACAAUCAUCUAACUUUACGUCACCUAAUGCUUUCUCAUCGACCGUUUUCUUGCAAUCACAUUCAACAAAUAAAACACAAACAUUAUCACGAUUAUCUUCCAAAAAACAAAAAUGUUGCUGCAAUAAACAACAACACGACAAAUUGCCAAUUGAUGAUAGCGCAUUACAGCAGCAUCAACAACAGCUUCGAAAACAACGAACGUCAAAAACUUAUAACUUUAACUGCCCGAAAUGCUACACUAGAGAAUGGACAAAUUGUCAUACCAAUAACAAAACAAAUGAGAGAUUGGUUAAUACCAGAACAUCAAAUAUUAAUGAGACAAGCUUUUUUAAUAAAACAAAAACAGCAUCAUUAUCGACCGAUGAAAAUAGAAAAUAUUGUAGAAAAUUUUGUGGAAGUGCGAUCAAAGCUUUUGCAGAUAUUAAGAGACUUACGCGUGCUAUUUUGCCACUUAUUAUCAUCUUUAAUAUCCUACCACAUCUCUAUGCAGCGGAGUACAGUUUCGACACUACUGAGUUAAAAGAUGGACCGUCCCAAACACAUAGUGCUUUGAAGCCGGUGAUGGCAUAUCUGGAAACUCUGCCGAGACCAACAAAAUCUCCAAAAUGCGAUCAAACGUUCGUUUCAAGAGUUGGCGGUCCACAGAAUGGCACAUUUUCAGCACCUCUGGUUCACAAUCCGAGAAAUCAUUCUCGACAAUGUUUGUAUAUCUUCUUAGCAGGCCCGGGGCAGCGAGUGGAAGUAGUAUUUACGACAUUUAAUUUAAGAGGAAGUCCACCAGAUGGAUCUGCUGUCGGUGAAUUGCCAACAUGUGUUCACGAAUAUAUGGAUAUUUACUCAGAGGUACAAUCAUCGGAUCCAGCGGAUUUAAUAAACUCGCCAUUCGGAGGAAGAUUUUGUGGCACAAUACCUCCACGUAGACGAAUAUCCAUGCAUCGGGCAAUAGCAAUAUCGUUUUUUACUAAUAAAAAUGUAUCGGAGCCUGAUUUAUUCGAAGGACACUAUAGGUUUUUAAACGCAUCGGAAUAUGAAAUUGGUAUACCAAUAGCGGGAUCACCAUGUUCCUAUACCAUUACUCCUAGCAUGAGUCUCAAUAAAACAGGUGCUUUAAUAUCGCCAACUUAUCCAGGUGCCUAUCCAAAGGAUAUGUCUUGUACAUAUCAAUUUCUCGGUGAAACAAAUCAAAGAGUCAGAUUAGAAUUUCGUGAUUUUGAUCUGUUUUUUGGUGGACCACAUUGUCCAUUUGACUACAUCAAAGUGUAUGAUGGUCCCGAUAAUUCGUCAGCAUUAAUCGGUACAUAUUGCGGACAACAGAGAAAUUUAGUUUUAUAUUCAAGCGAAUCGAGCCUUUUUGUUCAUUUUUAUACGCUGCCCAGAACCGCAAAUACACAAAAUCGUGGUUUUAAAGGAAUUUAUGAAUUUAGCGAAAGUUUUGUUAAAUUAGAUUUUAUACGUGAAAACGAUGGCAUUCACAUACGUGGCUCAGAGUGCGAUCAAAAGAUUCUCUCGAAAAAAGAGUCAACCGGGUUUGUGCUAUCACCAAACUAUCCCUAUCCUUAUAUCCCUAAAACGGUUUGUAGAUAUUUCAUAUAUGGAAUGCAAGAUGCUCAGCAUUUAGAACGAGUUCGUUUAGAGUUUUCAUCAUUUAAUAUACCCAAAGUUGAAAACAAGGACAAGGGCGAAACAAACUGCUCCGAUGGAUAUCUGAAAAUCUAUCUAAAAGGACAAGAAACCGCUGAUGCUUACGAUAAAUUCGAUUACGAACUGUGUGGCAAUGAAACACAAAAAGUCGUUAGCGACGGACCACGAUUGGCAAUGGUUUUCAGCUCGGGUGAAUUACAAGGUCGUGGCUUUAAGGGAAAAUAUACAUUCGAAACGGAAUACAAGAUACCCGGAACAGCCGCUCCAGAUGGAACUUGUAGUUUUACAUAUGUUAGUAGUUCAAAAAAGCGCGGUGAUCUAAAUAGUCCACGUUAUCCUUCCAAUUAUCCAUCCGAAACGAAUUGUUCGUAUCUUUUUCUCGCCGAGCCAAACGAACAGGUUACUAUUGUUUUCGAUCAUUUUAAAGUGAAGGCAGACAAUGUCAACUCGACAGCAGGUGCUUAUGGCGCGUCGGCUUGCUUUGAAGACUGGCUGGAAAUAUAUGUCAUAUAUAGAGAUAACAAUGACCGCUUUCUUGGUCGAUAUUGUGGUCUAACAGCGCCCGGCCCCGUCGAGAGCCCUAGGGGUGCGGUUGGUCUGAGAAUCACGUUGCAUACCGAUCAAGAAAAUGUGGCCAGCGGUUUCAAAGCUCGCUAUUUCUUCGAAACCUCCAAAUCUGAGGUCGGCGAUUGUGGUGGCAAUUUUUCCAACGAAGACUCUGGUAUUAUAACAUCGCCGCACUAUCCCAGCAAUUAUAAGAGUCCAGCAAAGGGCUUGGCUUCCAUGGCAUGCAACUGGUAUAUGACAGCUCGUCCUGGUUACAAAUUGUCUAUAAAUUUCGAACACUUUUCGGUGGAAGGUGAUCCAAUGGCUCGGGGAUGUCCUGCUGCAGUACUAAGGAUGUGGACAAAUGUAGAUUCAGAGGCGGCACCUAUUGAAUUGUGUGGUGAAAAACCACCUACGGAACACUGGCAUUAUAUAUCAACGGGUCAAUCGGCUAGAAUAAGUUUCACAACUACGGACAAAACUAUCGGUGCACAGGGCUUCCGUAUUGUGUGGACAGAAAUACAAGAUUCUGGCCCAGGACCGCCAGCCAUUGGAUUACUAUGCGAAUCAGCAUAUCAUUUCCAAUGCAAUAUUGGAUACUGCAUAUCGGAUAAAUUGAGAUGUGAUGGCAUCAAAAAUUGCGGUCCUGGCGACGAUAGUGACGAAAUGCACUGUAUCAUGGAAGCUCCCAAAGAGGAUCACGGCGUUCUAAUUAUAAUCAGCAUGGUCGCCGUCUCGUUCCUAAUUUGUCUCCUAUGCACACUUUGUCAUCGCCAAAAAAAACGCCGACACCGACAACUAGGACUACAUCGAAAUACAGGACAUUAUGAUUCAACAACUAGUGCCACAGGAUUAAGUUCGAGUCGAAGACACCUUCAAGGUGGUGGUAGCUUAUCAGGAAGCCUUCAUGGUAUUAACAGUGGGAACUUGAUAAUUCCACCAGCCCCCCUUCCACCAACAAGUGUUCCUCCACCACCCCAUAUUUGUAUAGCCGGCACCAAUGCUAGUGGCCUCGGACUUGGAGGCAUGGGUAUCAGUAUGAUGAUGAGCGCUGACCUCGAUGACGAUGAUGGCAAUGACGAUGAUGAGGAUAAUCCCGAUAUAUUCAUAAAUGACAUACGAUUCGAUGAACAUAUUGAUCAAUUAGAAACUGUUUAACAAUUGUUGUUGAAAAUCCAUAGAAAUAUAAAAACAAAAAUAAUAUGUCUCUUAUUUAAUUUUAUAAGAAUUAAAAUAACUGCAAAAAAAAAACGUAAUUCUAAUCAAUCCUAGGAAAAUUAUAAACGGAAUAUUGUAUAAAAAAAAAAACAGGAAAAAAACAUUUAAAAUAUUUAUACAAAAUAAAUAAAUAUUAUAACAUUAUUAUUUAACAAUUUUUUUUUUAUUCGCCCAACUAUGUAUAUUAAAAAAAUUUCGAUACCCACUCAGACGCAACUGAAAACAUUAAUAAAAAUUAAAGCAAGUUGUUAUAAAGAUAAAAAAAACAAGCGCCGCGCCGAGGAAAUAAUAGAUACAAAAAAAAAAAUAAUAAUAAAUUAUAUACCAAGGUAAGCUCAUUUUAAACUUCGAUUUAAAGAAACAAAAAAAAAUAAAUAAAUAGAAGAAAAACAAAAAAACAACAAAACUAAGAAAUAUAAAAAUUGUUUUUACAAGAAAAAGAAACAAAAAAAAAAAAAAGAAUAUAAUUAAAAGAAACUGUACAUUUUCAUAACAAACAAAAUAUAAUAAAAAAUUAAAUUGUUGUUUUUUAUAUUUGAUACGACUAAAAAAAAGUGACACAAAAUAAAUAAAUGUGAAAAAUAAUAAGAAAAACUAAAAAGAAGAAAAUAUUAAAAAAAAAUCGUGCAAACAUUU